AUGAAAUUCAUGCGUCCGACAACAUCAGUGAUAAGCAACAGCAGCAACAACAACAAUAACAAACAACAAGCAACAACAAUAAACAACGACGACAAAACAACAACAAGACGGCAACAAACAACAACAAUAAAUAAUAAUAACAAUAACAGCAAACAACAACAACAAGCAACAACAAUGGCGAGCAACAACAAUACCAAACAACAACAAUAA